AUGAAGGCGGCAGGGGAAGGCGGACCACUGACAGACCCGAAGCCAACAGGACGCAAAAAUGAAAACAGACGUCCGGCAAGUCCCAAGCAGGGGCUUGUCUACACCUUCGUCAACAAGAACGCCACGACCCUUGGGACCAGGACGAGGAAAGAGGCUGUUAUGGUCCACUCUCAUGUGGCCAAGAAUGCGGCGAAGAAGCAGCAGCCGAAGCCGAGACUACUUGGUCAGAGACACGAAGUUGAAACGAUUGGGGACGAACAUCAUGGUCAUAUGGAUGCAAACAGAAGUCGUCAACGCCAGAGAGCGAGUGAUCCGACGUGGGCACACAUCAAACCAUUCUACAAGCCUCCAUCUCCCUCUCAAACACCAGGUCAGGGCUCAUCCGACCCCUUCAAUGCGGCGGCUUUCCCUCUCGAUGCAACAUGUCAUGCAUUGUUCCUUCUCUCCCGCAAUCUGUGGAUUGGCUAUCUCUACCCUCAGCCUGGCCACAAGCCAAUAUUCAUUCAUCAUGAAGCAGGGAACGCGUGGAACGAAAAGAUGUCCAUGACCAUCUCUGACAAAUUGAAAUUCCAUAGCCACCUCAGCGUGCUCCUGGCAUUUAUGUCUCGGUACAUGAGCCACGUCCAGUUUGGGGUCAAGACGUCCACGUUGCUGAAUAUCCAUUCGACUCUAGCUCUACAACUCUUGCGGCAUCACUUAGGUUCGGGGAAUCUUGAUCGCAAUACCUUGCUGUCGCUGUGGGACGCAUACCUCUCUGCGUUCUUUCGGGGUGAUAUACCGGCCAUGAAGUUGCAUUUCAAAGGGUUGAAGAGUGCCACGGAACUUGUUGCCGGGAGCGAGCUGGAGGAGCUCCUCAAAGAAUCCAUCAUCGUCGCUCAGUUUCUUCUUGCCAGCUGGACGUUGGAAGUAGGCGAAAUCGCAGAGGCUGGCGCCUGGAACCAGCACCUGUCCCAAGAGGAUGUACACAUGGCCGCAGAGCUCUCCUUCGAUUCCUCUCUGUCACACAUAGACCCCCUUUCGGCAUCUCAUGACGAUUGCGAGGACCCCAGGUUCUACCAAGCCCUCAUUACACAUGUGCAAAGAAACAAACAGGCAAUAUAUUCCGUGCGAUACUACAACUCCCUCAACAACUUCUCUGCCAUGGUCUCCAGUUCGCACCAAUCAACCCAAGUAGACUUCUACAAACCCCUGCACCAUAGCCUCCUUUCUUUGGGUGUCCAAACCCUCGCCCUUUACACAUCAGCACGGAACCCCUCCACUCCCACUUCGGCACUGACAAUAUCACUGCAAUCAACGUUCUGCCUCGCAAUCAGCUACGCGCGGCACCUGAUCCUCGACCCAACGUGGUUCACGGCGGGUGUAUUCGUGCCCUUCCACCACCUCCAGACACACCUCGAGGACCUCUUCAGACAAAUGGAGAAAGAGUUCGGCAACAUGAUACACGAGGAUUUCGUCCUCUGGGUGCUCUUCAUCGGCGCCUGCGCCGAAGAAACCGUCUUCAGAUCGAAGAUCCUGAACGACGACGACUUCUCGCACACGCGCUGGUUUUCCGUACGCUUCGUCAAGUUCACCGAAACCAUGAAUCAUCCGAUACUGCUGCGGGAGAAGAGAGACAGAGUGGCACACGAUGAGUUUGGACGGUUUUUGUAUGAUGACGUUUUGGGUCCGUUGUUGGAGGGUAUCUGUCAGAAACGUGCUUUGUUCGGGAGGCAGAUUCGACUAGUGCACAUGCCAACACUUCCACGACCUUAG